GGAGCCGGUCCAACGCCAGGAGACCGGGGGCAGGAAACGGUGCAGACGAUGCAGCCCCCAUCCGAGGCCGAGAUGCCCUCGGACACCCCACAGCCGGCACCGGGGGAUGACCUCCCCACCCCAGAGACCUGGCGUCAGCGCUUCCGGGGCCUCCGCUACCUGGAAGGCGAGGGGCCGCGGGAGGUUUGCGUGUGCCUGCGGGAGCUCUGCCGGCGCUGGCUGGAGCCGCGGCGCCGCAGCAAGGAGCAGAUCCUGGAGCUGCUGGUGCUGGAGCAAUUUCUGGCCAUCCUGCCCCAGGAGAUGCAGAGCUGGGAGUGGGGGUGCGGCGUGGAGACCUGCGCCGUGGCUGUGGCUGAGGGGUUUCAGCUGGGGAAGGGAACGGAUGAGCUGCAGGUCACCGUGUGUGUGAAGGUCGAGGAGGUGAUCUUGGACAGGAUGCAACACAUAGGGGCAUUGCAAGAACCUGGUGAUUCGUGGCUGGAGCAACCAAAGACCGAUCGUGUGGACAGCCGUCUGGAGGAGUCAGGAGAGGGGGAAACCCCUGGGCCUUGCGACAAGCAACCUGGUGUCUCCGAAGAGGAGCUCCCACCCCACCAGGAGUCAGAUUCCCCCAAAACAGAGGAGACCUGGGAGUGGUCAGCAGGUGAAAGCUCAUCAGGCCGGUGCCCCAGACGAGGCCCUUCCCCAGGUGCAGGUGCUGCAACCCUGACAAAAGCCCAGCAGCAGCCUCCUGAGGAGGGGCCUGUAAUCAUGGAGCUGCAGAGGACUUUCCCAGGGAGACUGGAGGAGGAGGACUCCCUGACACGUGAGCCAGGCCAAGUGCAGAAGGAGCAGGGCAGGCCUCCAAACCAGGGGGAGACCGUGGAGCUCCCGGAGGUGUUUGAGGAGGUGGCAGUGUAUUUCACACGGAAGGAGUGGGAGCUGCUGGAAGAUGAAGACAAGGUGCUUUACCAGGACCAGAUGCUGAAGAAUUACCAAGCCCUCAUUUUCCUGGGAUAUCAAGGUCCUACACCUGACUUAAUAUGCCGCAUCCAGCGAGGAGAGGUGGAGCUCUGGGCCUGUGAUGAUGAGGAUGGUGGGAAAAUCUCAGAGUUGGAGAACCUGCUGCCAGGAGGUGCCUGGCUGCUGAGCAGAGCUGAGAAGCCACAUCGAUGCUCCGAGUGUGGGAAGAGCUUCACCUUCUCCUCUGGUCUGAUCCAGCACCAGCGCAUCCACAUGGAGAAGAAGCCGUAUCAUUGCUUAGUAUGCGGGAAGAGCUAUACCGAAUCCUCCCACUUGUGUCAGUGCACUGCUGCUCGGCCAGGGGAGAAGGCACAUCGGUGCUCAAAAUGUGGGAAAAGCUUCACCCAGUCCUCUACCCUGGCCAAGCACCAGUGCAUCCACAAAUGGAAGAAGGCACAUCGGUGCUCAGAGUGUGGAAAGAGCUUUACCUUCUUUUCCUAUCUGGCCCAACACCAGCUCAUCCACACCGGAGUGAAGCCAUAUCAUUGCUCGGAGUGUGGAAAGAGAUUCACCCAAUCCUCCCACCUGGCCCAGCACCAGCGCCUCCACACAGGGGAGAAGCCAUAUCGGUGCUCAGUGUGUGGGAAGAGCUUCACCCAGUCUGCCCAUCUGGCCCAGCACCAGCACAUCCACACAGGGGAGAAGCCAUAUCGGUGCUCAGAGUGUGGAAAGAGCUUCACCUUCUCUUCCUAUCUGGCCCGACACCAGCGCAUCCACACAGGAGUGAAGCCACAUCAGUGCUCUGUGUGUGGAAAGAGCUUCACCUGCUCAUCUGAACUGGCCCGACACCAGCUCAACCACACAAGGGAGAAGCCACAUCGGUGUUCAGAAUGUGGAAAGAGCUUUGUUUGGUCCUCUGAACUGGCCCGACACCAGCUCAUCCACACAGGGGAGAAGCCACAUCGGUGUUCAGAGUGUGGGAAGAGCUUCACUCGUUCCUCCCACUUGAUCCGGCACCAGAUCGUCCACACAAGGGAGAAGCCACAUCGGUGCCCAGAGUGUGGGAAGAGCUUCACCCGCUCCUCCCACCUGAUCCAGCACCAGAUCAUCCACACAAGGGAGAAGCCACAUCGGUGCCCAGAGUGUGGGAAGAGCUUCACUCGCUCCUCCCACCUGAUCCGGCACCGGCUCAUCCACACAGGGGAGAAGCCACAUCGGUGUUCAGAGUGUGGGAAGAGCUUCACUCGUUCCUCCCACUUGAUCCGGCACCAGAUCGUCCACACAAGGGAGAAGCCACAUCGGUGCCCAGAGUGUGGGAAGAGCUUCACCCGCUCCUCCCACCUGAUCCAGCACCAGAUCAUCCACACAAGGGAGAAGCCACAUCGGUGCCCAGAGUGUGGGAAGAGCUUCACUCGCUCCUCCCACCUGAUCCGGCACCGGCUCAUCCACACAGGUGAGCAGCCACAUCGGUGUUCGAAGUGUGGGAAGAGCUUUGUUUGCUUCUCUGAACUGGUCCGACACUAUCUCAUCCACACAGGGGAGAAGCUGCAUCAGUGCUCUGUGUGUGGGAAGAGGUUCACCUGCUCAUCUUACCUGGCCCAGCACCAUUUCAUACACACAAGGGAGAAACCACAUCAGUGCUCAGAGUGUGGGAAGAGCUUCAUCCGCUUCUGCCACUUGAUCCGGCACCAGAUCAUCCACACAGGGAAGAAGCCACAUUAGUGCUCGAAGUUUGGGAAGAGCUUCACCUAGUCCUCCAAUCA